AAAGAGCGCAUUACCGCCAUGGAUUUGGGCGACUCAGAAGGCAACAGGUACACCCCGUUCCUCAUGUUGAAUUCGAAGCCGUCGAAGGUGCCGGAGGUGCGCGCUGAAAACGCGCGUAUCCGUCACGGAUUUUGUCGCCACGUGUGGAAAGAAAUAUAA